UCUUUCUUUAGAGUCCCCAGGCAAACAAUAUUCUUUCUCUCCAUUUGCUCAUUACAAGAAGAGCUGUGUUCCAGUGCAGCUUGGUUUCUCCAACGUGAAUAGUUACAAUGUAGCCAGAGGUGUGCUUAUCUCUUCUCAGUGAUAAUGCAUGGGGCUGUGAGAGUUCACCCACUUUACUUACAUAGAAUAAUUUUGUAUUUAAACAUAGAAUAACAUUAUCUUAAGAGACCUAAACCUGGAGGCCAACUCAGCGGGUUAAGCUACUGCCUGUGGCACCAGCAUCCCAUAUGAGCACCGAUUCAAGUCCCAGCUGAUCCACUUCCAAUACAGCUCUCUGUUAAUGUGUCUGGGAAGGCAGCAGAAGAUGGCCCAAGUUCUCGGGCCCCUGCACUCAAAUGGGAGACCCCGAAGAAGCUCUUGGCUCCUGGCUACCACCUAGCCCAGCCCCAGCUGUUGAGGCCAUUUGGGUAGUAAACCAGGAGAUGGAAGAUCUCUCUCUCUCUCUCUCUCUCUCUCUCCCUAGAACUUUGACUUCCAAAUAAAUAAAUGUUAUUUAAAAGGUGGGGGCACUGCACAGCAUCCCAACUGAUUUGCAGCCCCUGAAUGGGAAGAGCUGUAUCUGACGGAUAAGUUCCCGUCGGGCCCCUCUAACAUGGAAGAGAUGUCAUAACUACUCUGAGGCCAAGUGAAUGUGAUCAUGCAGAUACCGACAGUGCAGAAGUACAGCACUCGCCAAUGUAGGAGAAAGAGAGAGUUCAUGGAUAAGUCUGGUGGUUCUUGAAGAUGGUUUUAGUUCCCAGUGUGUUUACCAGCAGAGAUAGCAAAUUAGGCAACACUCACUGUGCGGUGAUAUUCAUAACUUUCUUCCUAAUAUGAAAGUAAAUGAUAUCAUCCUUGGUUCUUUUUUAAAAAAAGAUUUAUUUAUUUUUUACUUGAAAGAGUUACACAGAGAGAGAAGAGGAGCAGAGAGAGAGAGAGACAGAGAGAGAGAGAGAGAGGUCUUCCAUCCGAUGGUUCACUCCCCAGUUGGCUGCAACAGCCAGAACUGUGCUGAUCUGAAGCCAGGAGCCAGGAGCUUCUUCCAGGUCUCCUACACCGGUGUAGGGGCCCAAGAACUUGGGUCAUCUUCUACGGCUUUCCCAGGCCAUAGCAGAGAGCUGGAUGGAAAGUGGAGCAGCCAGGACUUGAACCGGUGCCCAUAUGGGAUGCCGGCGCUUUAGGCCAGGGUGUUGACCCGCUGCACCACAGCGUCAGCCCCAUCAUCCUUGGUUCUACCAAAGAGAUUAGAUUCUGAAUCCAGAAGAUGGUAAGUACUGGUGGACAGAGAGCACACUCCUGUUUUGAAGUCAGAUUAUUUUUUUUAAGAUUUACUUAUUUGAAGGAGACAGUGACAGAGAGUAAGAUCGUCUCUUCCCUGGUUCACUCCCCAAAUGCCUGCAAUGGCCAGGGCUGGUUGAGGCUGGAGCCAGCAUCCUGGAACUACAUCUGGGUCUCCCACAUGGGUGCAGGGGCCCAAGGACUUGGGCCAUCUUCCACUGCUGUCCCAGGAGCAUUAGCAGGGAGCUGGAUUGGAACCUGAACAGCUGGGACUUGAACUGGUGGUCUGAUAUAGGAUGCCAGUGUGACAGGAAGCGGCUUACCCCGCAAGUCCCAUGAGUCACAUAAACUUUGACUCGGCUUUUCUCUUGCCCUCUUCCCUGCUUUGGGAUUUCGGACAUAGAAAAGGGUGCCUGUUUCCUUGUUCCCUUGUUAAAUGUUCAUAGUAGCAUUUCUUGGCAUUUUUGUCAGUCACCUUAGAUAGAAACAUGACAUUUCAAUUACUGUUUCUUCUUGCAUCUUUGAUCGUUAGGGAAGGUGGCUACCUUUUUCUUUGCAUUGAUGAAUUUGGAUUUUUACUUUGAAUAUUUGGGUUUUGAGGAGUCCAAAUAAAUAGCACCUCCCUUUCUCCACUGAACAAAUGAAUAAAACAAAUGGAUUUGUAGAUGGAAGCCAAGGUGUCCACUCUAGUACAGAAGCAGGUAACUUGCACUUGCAGGGCACUGACUGUUGUGAUAAUUAAAUAAGCCUUAUAACAGAACAUCAAGUUUAAUCACAUCGACCCAAACAGCCUUGAGGUUUGCAACUGUGCCUAGAAGGACAGAGAUCUCUGUAGUCACAUUGCAGGGAUUUUCUCACAGGAAGUAAAUAUCAGGAGUGAGGGAGAAUAACUCCUUCAGAAUAUUGUGAAUUGUCUAUAUUCUUUUUUUUUAAGAUUUCUUUUGUUUAUUUGAAAGACAGUUACAGAGUGAGGUAGAGAGAGAGAGAGAGACAGAGAGAGAGAGAGGUCUUCCUUCCGUUGGUUCACUCCCCCAGAUGGCUGCAAUGGCCAGAACUGAGCUGAUCUGAAGCCAGGAGCCAGGAGCUUCUUUUGGGUCUCCCAUGCGGGUGCAGGCACCCAAGGACUUGAGCCAUCUUCAACUGCUUUCCCAGGCCAUAGCAGAGAGCUGGAUAGGAAGUGGAGCAGCCAGGACUAGAACCAGUGCCCAUAUGGGAUGCUGGUGCUUCAGGCCAGGGCGUUAACCCUCUGCACCACAGCGCCAGCCCCUGUCUAUAUUCUUUGCCCAGAUUUUUUACUUUGCUGUUUGUUUCUUAUGACUACAUAAGAGCUACUUUAGAUUACAGAUUUUUAAAAAGGAUUAUUUGAAAGAGAGAGAGAGAGAAUCUUCCAUCCUCUGGUCCACUCCCCAAAUGGCUGCAAUGGCUGGAGCUGGGCCAGGCAGAAACCAAGAGUCAGGAGCUUCUUCCAGGUCUCCCACAAGGCUGCAGGAGCCCAAGCACUUGGGCCAUAUUCUGCUGCUUUCCCAGGCCUUAGCAGAGAGCUGGUUCAGAAGAGGAACAACUAGGACUUAACUGGCACCAAUAUGGGAUUCCAGUGCUGUAGGUGGCGGCUUUACCCACUAGGCCACAGCGCAGGCACCCUAGAUUACAGGUGUUUUUGGAUUGAAACCAAUUUUAUCAAGUUUGUUCUAUUUUCAACUUUGAUUUAUCAUGUUUUAUCAUAGGGUUUUUUUUUUGAUUACACUAUAUUCAGGUAUAUAUCUCUUUAAGGAUUUCAGUUGGUGUUUUAUACUUUGCAAUGACUCUAGUUGAAAAAACUGUUAAUCUUUAGAAAUAAUAAAGGGGAAGACCUGGAGAGAGAAGGGGAGAUAGAGAGAGGGCGAGCGAGAUCAUGUCCCAGGACCAGAAGAAUUAAAACUGUAAAGAAUUAAUUCUUCACAAAGUAAUGUAGAACUUCACUGCAAUCACAAACAAGGACCUAGUGGAUCUUUUUAAUAGAAUACACCCAGCUGGAUCUUAAAAAUCCAGAAUGAAGGUGCCUGAAAAGUAGGUGCAAGAAAAGUAGGUGAAAGCUGUUCUUCACUGAUGCUAAAGGCACUUGUACUUUUUUUUUGGUAGGAAAUCACCCAUCCUUAGGAUUGAAUGUAAAUUAAAGAGACACAUGGUGCCAUUCUGCUUUCAAGUGCUUUCAAAAUGAACAUUCUUUCCCAUUAAGUGAGUUGCAGUUUAACUUGGUGAUUCUCUUCCCUCUAAAUGAGGGAAAGGCCCCCCUGCUUUCCAGAUCCCUAGGAGGGGGCGGAGCCUGCUCUGAGCAGCUGGGAAGGGAACUGUGUCUGGCCAGUCUUGGGGGAGGGGCCGCAUUUCACAAGGCUGCAGCUGACAAGAAGCUUCAAGGUUGAUAUCAGAGACACCUGUGACCUUGGCAAUCUGCACGUGACCCCAGCUGAGCUCCAGAAAGGCUGUGCACCCCCAGAAGGGCCACCGCGGGGUGAAGGCUCUGCUGAGUCACAGGGCCAGACCCACCACAAUCUCGCUGACAGAAGCCAGGGGGCGGAGCGUGCUCUGAGCAGCUGGGAAGGGAGCUGUGCCUGACCAGUCUUGGGGGAGGAGCUGCUUUUCACCAGGCUGCAGCUGACAAGAAGCUUCAAGGACAAAUAUCAGACACUUGUGACCUGGGAAAUCGGCACGUGAUAUCAUCUGAGGUCCAGAAAGGCUGUGUACCCACAGAGGGGCCGCACGGGGCGAAGGCUCUGCUACCACAGUCCCCGGCAGAGGGAUUGUCCCAAACAACGUGUUCAAGUACCUUUUGGAAACUGAGGUGAAGAAGAACAGUGCCUACAAACUAAUUUUUGUUGUCAGAAAACAAAAGAGCAUUUGUUGAGAGUGUUGUUUUUGGUAGCACCUGCAUUAGCAGUGACAAGGUUAGCUAGCCACCCCAUCCACUGAUAAUAAGCAAUCAGUACACGGAUCUAAAUCAUAAUGGAUGCUGAGUAUGUCCUGUGCAAUUGGAAAGACCAGUUGUGGCCAGCAAAGGUUUUGUCCAGUUAUGAAACAUCACCAAACAGUAAGAGAAAAAAGACAUUUUCCCUAGAAGUUCAAAUACUCUCACUAGAAGAAAAAAUUAUAGUAGACAGCUCAGAAACAAAGCUCCUAAACAAAUCUCAGAUUGAAGCCAUUGCCUCCUCACUAGCAGUGCAGUCAGAGGCCGGUGCUUCACCUAGGGAUGAGACAGCCUAUGGAAGAGCACUUAAAGUGGCACUGGAUAUUCUGAAUGAGAGACCAAAUUUGAGUGAAGCAAGCAUUUCAGGUGAAGAAGAGACUGCUACCCUGGCUGAAAACGCGCAGCAAAAGCUGUCCGAUUCACCGCCUCAGAAGAAGUAUCGGAAGCAUGAAGGAGACUUACCGAAAUACCUCGAGGAAAGUGAAAACCCAGCAUCCUUGUUAGUAUCUCCAGAGAAUGAUUCCCUGGCAGAUGAUAAAUCACAGGUGCACACAACCAGCAGUAUUAUUCCAGGGGAAAUGGAAACAAAGCCAUUGCUAGACUCUAGCUGGGGCCAGACUUUCCCUUCACGUUCCGAAGAUGAAGAUGAAAAAGAAGACAAGAAAAAGAUUGAUAUUUCACUUAUGCCCGUUCAUUCCACAGUCAAAGAGGAGGAUGUGUAUGCGAAAGAAGAGAAAUGUCUUCCAGAUCUGCCAUCAGAUACUCUCUUUACACCCAAAGCUUUGAAAGAGGAGCCACAAGACGUGUGCCCAGGGCCCCUACCUGAUUCCUCUGAAUGUUCUACCUUCUCAGAGAAUAUUGAAGAUCCAGGUGAAGGUCCUUCUAAUCCGAAUCCAUGCUUAGAGCCCAGCCAGAAUCAGCCUUCUGUAGAAUCUGAGGUGGGUGCUACAACAUCCACUGGGAGUUGUUCAUGGGAAGACCAGGUCUCUGCUAGUGCCCCUAACCCUGCCCUGGCCUGUGCACUUGUUGCGAAUAGAGAAAGGAAUCUUGAGAGACUGGAUUUUGAUGAUCUUGAGGAAUUUCAAGCUUCUGACAAAUCAUUGCACCUAAAUUCUAUCAUUGAUUCCAUAUUAGCUGACGACGAGGAAGAAGAAGAACUUCCACGCUUCAUUUUUCAGUAUGAGAAGCGUUCCUUUGAAACAGGAAUGAUAGUCUGGUUUAAAUAUCAAAAAUAUCCUUAUUGGCCAGCAGUGGUAAAAAGCAUCAGGCGAAAAGAAAGGAAAGCAAGUGUGCUUUUCGUUGAGGCAAACAUGACUCCUGAAAAGAAAGGCGUGAGAGUAUCCUUCAGAAGAUUAAAGAAAUUUGACUGUAAAGAGAAGCAAACAUUAGUGGAUAAAGCCAGGGAAGAUUACAGCGAAAGUAUUGACUGGUGCAUCUCACUGAUUUGUGACUACAGAGUUCGAAUAGGUUGUGGUUCUUUCGCAGGCUCUUUCUUUGAGUAUUAUGCUGCUGAUAUUAGCUAUCCAGUUAGGAAAGUAGUCAAACAGGAGACCUUCCGGAAUAUAUUUCCAAAGCUGCAUAAUGAAGAUGCUGUGGAACACAUGACUGUGACUUCCCAGACCAAGAAAAUGUCCUUCCAGAAAAUUCUUCCUGACCGAAUGAAGGCUGCACGAGACAGAGCCAACAAAAACCUUGUGGACUUCAUUGUGAAUGCAAAGGGAACAGAAGACCAUCUUCAGUCCAUUUUAAAUGGCACAAAAGGAUCCAGAUGGCUGAAAUCAUUUUUGAAUGCAAAGAGAUUCUCACCCUGUAUUGAAACAUACUUUGAGGAUGACGAUCAGUUGGAUGAAGUGGUGAAAUAUUUACAAGGAGUCUGCAAUCAAGUAGAUGAAAAAAUGAUGACUCUCAUAAAACAUGAUAAAAUUAAAUUUAUCCUGGAAGUCCUUCUACCCGAAGCAAUUAUUUGUUCAAUCUCAGCUGUUGAUGGGUUAGAUUACAAAGCAGCAGAAGCAAAGUAUCUAAAAGGACCAUCUCUAGGCUAUAGGGAAAGAGAAUUAUUUGAUUCAAAAAUCUUAUUUGAAAAGAGACGGAAACCAUUAACAAAGGAAGCUCAUUAAAUCUCCUGAGAGUCCAAAUCAUAACAAUAUGCUUUCAUAGAUAUUAUUUCUUUGAAAAAUCUCUGAAAAUUCUCUACAUUUCUGAGAACUGGAGACUUUGAGUAAUGUGUUUUUUUUUUUUAUUUUUAUCUCUGGGAUCUGUGGGUAUCAUUACAUCUUCACUUCCUUUGAUUAUGCUUUCUCAAAGUCAAUUUUGCCAGCAUUUCAGCAAUUUGCUUUUCCAUACAUUUUUAGAAUGCAUAGUGCAUAAAUAAUUUUUAAGGGAAAGUACUAUUUGGUUUUACGAUAUUUUUGUUUCUAUGCUGUAUAGGUAAAUACAAUGUGCACAGUCAUUUUAAUAUUAAAAUUGCACUGGUAUUAGAUAUUAAGCAAGAUAAUUAGAAAAAAGUCUAAGAAACAGCACUUAUAUAUUUUUUGCUUUUUAUAAGAUAUUCAGUUUUCUCUUAAGAUAGUUGAAUUAUUUUUAUUGCUAUGCCUAUUUAUUUUUGGAAAAAAAAUCUCUGAGACCUAGAACCAAAGAUAGAUAAGCUUUGCUAUAUAUUAUAAUUAACUAGAAUUGCUUUUGCAAAAAAAUCUGAAAUACAAAAAAAGAAUUAUUUGCAUGUAGUCUAUACAUGUGUGAAUAACAUCUCAGCAUGCAGAAAAUAAUUCUGACAGCCUUGAACCUUGAGCAGGAUUGUUUAUUCUACACUUCCCUGAAAUUCCAUUUUGGGGAGUCUCUCCUUCAAAGGCUAAACACUUUCUUGAAACGGACAGGCUCCUGGCUGUCUCCAUAACUAUGAGUGGAUCUUCUCAAUGUAGUUCUCUGACCAGAUGUAGAAGGCAGCUAGAGUCAUUGUAUUCAGGACCUGGCCAACCUAGUUAUGUGAGCCAGGGUGACUGCUUAUGAGCCCAUCUAGUUUUAUAUAAACUGUAGAAAAAGCAAGUGCCAUGUUCCAAGUCUUUUAUCUCCAAAUAUGUCUCAAACCAAGCAAGCUUUUUUAUCUGGCUUCUCCAUAGAAUAGUUCCAACUCGUUCCAAUAAUGUAAACACCAACUUAUAAAUCAUUCCACACUACUUGCAGUUGUAGAUGGACCAGAAUGUGGGAACUUAAAAUAAAGUCACAGAAAAUGCCUCCAUUUGAAUAAAUGUGACAGUUUUCCAAAUAUGGUUAAAUAUAAACCAUUAAAAUCUGAAGGCAAUGGAUCAUUUAUUUUCACUUGAAAUAGACUUUUGUGAGAAUAAAUGUUAGGAAAGCUAGUUUAUUUUAAAAACUUGAUGGUAAAAGAAAUGCUGAAGGCUUAACAUGCACCUGUCUUUAUUUUGACCGCUUAUAAUGAGACAUCUGUCACUUUUGGGCUCUUUUUAUGUGUUUAAAUGGCUACAUGUUUAUGUGAAAUUUAUAAAAGUUUGAUGUUUUGACUUUCAAUAAAAUCAUUAUAUUCUUCA